AGGUUUAUUUAUUUAUUUGUUAAUUCGGUACCCGCUUCAUUUGCAUAACAUUCCUCAUACUGUUGGAAUCUGGGAUUUGCGACUGUUCUCAUCCUGGCCAUUCUUAAUAUUUGCUCGGAACUUGGAAACCAACGGGAAAUCUAAAACCCCGCCCGACGGUCGGAAAAGCUUUGAUAUUCAGGGCAAGUAGAAAGACAAUGGCGAUCAUGCGCAGCACAAAAAGAAGCAAAAAGUGACUGAAGACAACCUUGUCUUUGGUUUCUGUUUCAGCCCGUUUAAAAAAAGAGAACAAAAGACUGAGAACUGAUGAUUUUAAAGUCGAAGUCCCAGUUGAACCCGUGUCUGCCCGCGUGGGGAGCAGUGUCCUGCUUCCCUGUCGCAUCUCCACAGGCGUCAGCGCCGUGGACAUGGACGUGAGGUGGAUGAGAAACGGGGAUGAAAUCGUGCAUGUCUACGCAACCAGAGCAGACCUGGAGGGCCGGCAGAGCCCACGAUUCAAAGGCAGAACUCGCCUGGAUAGAGAACCACUGGGAUCCGGGAACGUGUCUCUACAGCUGAACGAUGUCAGAGUCUCGGACGAAGGAAGCUAUCAGUGUUACGUAGUUUCAAAGAGCUGGUUCGCUGACUCCACCAUGAAAUUAAAGGUCUCAGAAGACUCUGAAAUCUCUAAGCAAUGGGCUGUCAGUGGAGGCUCCAUACUGGCUGCUGUAAUGGCCAUUGCUGCUCUGUGCUAUUCUACAAGGAAGCCAACAAAAGAUUUUGAAAAACUUCAACAGGACCUGAACAGUUUAAAAGGAGAGAAUGAGAGACUGAGAAAAGAGAAUGAAUAUCUUAAGAAGCAAAAUGAAAAUUUUAAAGAGUAUUCCAGGGGACUGGAAAAUAAAAUAAAGGUGUUGCAGGAAGACUUGAAAGAACUUCGAAGAAAUACCAACGCAUGUGUCUAUGCCCUUGACAAAGAAUGGAUAAAAAUGACUGACGCUCAUGUCAAUGUGACUCCAGACCCCGACACAGCCAGCCCCAGCCUCACAGUCUCUGAAGACGGCUCACUAGUGAGAUUCACAGGGGAGAGAGCACAGGAGUGGCCCAGUGUGCUGGGCAGGGAGGGGUUCACCUCAGGGAGGCACUACUGGCAGGUGGAGGUCGGGGUUAAGGGCAACUGGAUCUUGGGGGUCUCCACACACCCUCAUGAGAAGAGCAUACCUGAGAAACCAGAGGAGGGCUACUGGCUUAUGAGGCUGGUUAAAGGAAAGACCUGUACAGCUGUGAGCCAAUCAGGGGAUCAGAUCUUACAACUGGAGAAGGGCUGUCAGGUGUGGGGGGUGUGUCUGGAUUACGAGGGAGGGAGGCUGUCGUUUUACAAUGCAGAGACCAGAUUUCACAUCUAUACUUUAGAAGGCCCAUUCCCUGGGCAGGUCUACCCCAUUUUCAGCCCAGGUUCACAUGAUAAAGGACCGUUGAUAAUCAAUGUAAAAGUGAAGAAUGUGUAGUCCUGACAAGAAGCCUGCUACUAUAUAUAUAUAUAUAUAUAUAUAUAUAUAUAUAUAUAUAUAUAUAUAUAUAUAUAUUUUCAGAUAUUUAGACUCCUGUUUACUUAAUCAGAUAUCCUGCUUGCAUAUUCCCAAAUGCUCAUAAUGAAAACAUCUAUUAUGUUUUCCCUUCAUUGUAAAUAAAACCGUGAUUUGGUAUAAUUUGAUUAAAACGCUAUUAAUAAUACA